AUGAGCGGUGGUGGUGAUAGUUUUCCUGCUGCUUCAAAAAGAACUUUCUUUCGAGCUCUGAAUGGUACUAGUAUUGAUAAUCUCCCCGAUGAGGUAUUGAUUGAAAUCCUUUGUCGACUUCCUUGCUACAAAUUCGUUUCUCAAUGCAAGUUUGUGUCCAACCGCUGGUGCACUCUCACAUCCAAUCCUCUCUUUAUUCGCCGGUUUCUAAGUCUCCAAAGUGAUCGUAAGACAAACCGUACCCUGAUAAACAGAAGGGGAGAAGAGUUCCUUAAUAGAAUGUCUUCGUCCUCUCAGCCGCUAAGUCCAUUGUUCAAAAGAAUUAUGAGUUUCCAUGGUCUGAAAGAAGAGCCGGUCGUGGAAGGUACAUAUAAUGACCUAGUUUUGUGCUGCGCAAGCAAAUAUGAACAACGUGAUUACUACAUCUGCAAUCCAUACACAAUGCAAUGGCUUCCUCUUCCUCCCCCACCUCAACUAGUCCAUUAUGCGCCGGUGGGAUUUACCUGCGAUCUUCGCUAUUAUAACUGCAACAAAGAAAAUGAGGUCCAGCUUAAUGCCGAGUAUCGGUGUGUUGUAGUGAGAUUGAUCUUGCCUUGUGGUCAGCGAUUUUCAUGCAAAUUCAAAGUGCAGCUAUUCUCUUCCGAGACUGGUGAAUGGAAAGAGUCAAUUGUAUCAUCCCCAUCGCCUGUUGGUGUUGAGAUUGCUAUCGAUCGUAAGGUAAUAUCACCGUUCGCUUACAAGGGAAUGCUAUUUUGGGGUGAUUUUGGCUGUGAACGCCGUUUUCUUAUUGGAUUGGAUCCCUUCAUGAUCAACAGCACUAUUAGUACUAAUGGUGGUGAUACAAUUGAUCACUAUAAAUGCCGUUUUAUAGAAUUCAGACAUGACUUUUCUCCCCCAGUGAGGUGCCUGGGUGAGUACAGAGGUUGUUUGCGCAUGGGCAGCCCCAAUAGUGAAGGUCUUUUUACUUUUCACGAUUUGACUGAAGAAGAAACGCAUGGUGCACGACGUGCAAUUGUGAAAUAUUUGAAAUUGGAAACUAUAAAGAACUUUCACUUCAUGACCACUGCAAUGUAUCAUGGGCAUUACUGUUAUUUUCAGGUGCUGGCUAUUGAUCCGAAUAAUGAAGAUAUCUUGUAUGUCCAAAAACUUGAUGAUGAAUUAGAUGGCAAGCAAGACGGAGACAUUUUCAGGUGCAACAUUACUACAAAUGGGUACUCCAGGAUAAAUUGCUUCCCGAUAGAUGAAAAGCAUCGAAUUGAGUUGUCGUAUGUCCACUUCCCACUUGUUGUGCCAUGGUGGCCGACACCACUUCCUAGACUACCACAACACAUGCGCGCAGCCCACCUGAAUCCUCAAUCUUCAUGGAACCCUUGA